GAAGCCCAACCUCUCGCAGCGUGUCAGCGGCCCCCGUGAAAACAGAAUAUGUCAGCGCCUUUGGGGACCGUGGCAGUGGGGAUCUGCUCUCGCAACCCCCUCUCUCCCUUUUCCCAGCCCUCUCCCUCUUCUGCUCCCCUCGCAACGCAGCCAGCACGACACUGAAAUUGUAUGCGAGUUAAUUGGCGGCUUUUCUUUGCUAACUCCCCCAGCCCCCACCCCGCGCCCUUGCUCUCUCCUGGUUACUUCUGCUAGCGGGAAGAGCGCUUCCUGCCCCAGAAGCGCGCACACGCGUUCACACGGCACUUCCAGGAAACCAGGGCAAGAAGCUGAGAUUCUUUUGCAAAGGGGUGAAUCGGCUCGCUUUGCUUCUCGCGCUCCUCCCCCACGCAAACAACUUCCACCGCUUUCUGCUCCCGAGUCCUGAUCGGGAAGUAUCCGGGGAAUACAUCUAUAUUAAUUAGCAAAAGCAGAGAACAAACCUCCAUCCGGUAUAUUCCAGGCAUCGGUGCGUUUGCUGGUUGCUUCCCAUCGGCGGCUCUGAAAGUAUGGGAAAGGGAUGCGAUCGGACGGGGAUCGGGUCUGGCAGCAGCCCCACUGAAGUGGAGAUCAUUUUUUAAUUUGGGGUUCUGCCACGCUUGACUUACAGGCAUCGCUGCUUCCACCGCCACCAAAGAUGCUGGUCCGGUAAGUGAUCCAAGAUCCCUCCUGGCCACCCCGAGGCGCGAUGGUCCCUCUGUGCUGGUGCUGCCCGCCAGCACCCACCCCAGCCGCGGCGGCCAUGAGCGCUACAGCCACACCUUCCUAUCACUUCAAGAGCUUCUGCGGGGAGUUUGAGCGGGUGGAGAGCGCCCUGGAACGCCUCGAGGCCAGCGGCUUCUACUGGGGCAGCCUGUCAGGGACCGAAGCCAAGCGCCUGUUGACCUCCCAGGCCCCUGGUGUUUUCCUGGUGCGGGAUUCUUCUGACCACCACCACCUCUUCACCCUGAGCGUCCGCACCAACACCGGCAUUACCAACCUGCGUAUCCAGCAACAAGGGUCGGCUUUCCACCUGGAGGCCCUGCCGGGUGUGGGCCACCCCCCAACUUUCCGCUGCGUGGUCCAGCUGGUUGAGCAUUAUCUCUGCCUGGGGGCCGUGGAAGGGGGCCCUUGCUAUCUGGAGAGGGAGGGCCAGCCCCCCGUGCCCUUGGCUCUCACCCAGCCCCUCCGCUGCAAGGUGCCUACUCUGCAAGAGCUCUGCCGCCGGGCUGUGCGAGCUAGCGUCCGGGGCCGAGGAGACCCCAGGGCUCAGCUGGAGGGGCUGCCGGUGCCUCAGGGACUCUUGAGCUCACUGUGCGGCUAAGGGGGUGGGGGGGGGGAGGAUGGUGCAACGCCAUGAGCCCCUGAGAUGAGUGGAGGGUGCUUCUCUCAAAACAUUCCUUGUACAGUCGUACCUGGACAGGACUGCCCGCCCGCCGUGUGGUGCCGGAGGCCUCUGUAUAUCACCUUCAUGGAAUAAACCAACUGGCGUAUGGGGCCAGCCAUAUCAUCAUUC